AUAGUGUUUAUUACUCUGUGAUACCGCAAAAGUCGCGCGUGCUUGAGAGUCGCAUUUAUGGAAUCAAUUUUGAUUGUUCUAAAUUUCGUAUGACUUGUGACAAAAAUAGUUGUGAAAAUGAUACUUCUAAUUCGAUAAAGCAAAAUCAAAACCCCAGUUAUUUUUCCCAUUAAAAGUGUUUAUUUUGUGCUGAGUGUCAGUAUUCAGUGAGUAUUAUGAACUUUGAGGACUACGAAAACCUUCCGACCCAAAACUUCGUCACACACAUGACUGCCGGAGCAAUAGCUGGGGUCAUGGAGCAUUGUAUAAUGUAUCCGCUGGACUCCGUAAAGACUCGCAUGCAGUCUUUACGGAGUGCACACAACAGCAGCAUCACAGAAACGUUCCGGUACAUGGUGCAGCGCGAGGGCCUGCUCAGGCCGGUGCGCGGCAUGUCGGCGGUGGUGCUGGGCGCGGGCCCGGCGCACGCCUGCUACUUCGCCACGUACGAGCACUGCAAGCACACGCUGUCGCACCUCACGCGCCACCGCCACGACAACAUCAUUCACGGCUUGUCAGGCUGCAUAGCGUCUCUGGUGCACGACGCCGUCUCCAAUCCUGCUGAGGUGGUGAAGCAGCGGCUGCAGAUGCUGAACUCGCCGUACCGCGGCGUGUGGGAGUGCGCGCGCCACGUGUUCCGCACGGAGGGCGCGCGCGCCUUCUACCGCUCGUACGGCACGCAGGUGGCCAUGAACGUGCCCUUCACGGCGCUGUACUUCAUGACGUACGAGCGCUGCCAGGCCGCGCUCAACCCCGCGCGCACCUACUCGCCGCUGGCGCACGCGCUGGCGGGCGCGGCGGCGGGCGCGCUGGCCGCCGCCGCCACCACGCCGCUGGACGUGUGCAAGACCGUGCUCAACACGCAGGAGGCCGCGCACCGCGCCGACUCGCUGCUGGACGCGGCGGCGCACGUGCUGCGCGCGUCGGGCCCGCGCGGCUUCCUGCGCGGCGUGCAGGCGCGCGUGCUGUACCAGAUGCCGGCCGCCGCCAUCUGCUGGCUCACGUACGAGACGCUGAAGCACGCGCUGGGCGCGGCCGAGGAGGAGCGCGCGGCGGCGGGCGCGGCGGGCGCGGCGGGCGGCGCGCCGCCGCUGGCCUGCGCCGCGCUGCGCCUGGCCGCCGCCUCCACGGACGUGACGCGCACGUAGCGCGUAGCGCGGAGCCCGCUCGCUGGCCACACAGUGAGGUGCUGUUGAUUCUAGUGAGAUUAGCUUAGUGUGUACAUGUCCUGUAUAUUGUUUGGCCGCGAGCCGCGCCCGCCGCCCUAGUCACGCGCGUGGGCGAGGCGACGCGACUGCGACUUUGUUUUCCAUUGUUUUUGUAAAUGAUUUGUUAUCGCAGUCCACGAUUGCAGCUAGUAAUUGUUAUAUCAAACAGUUUGGCUUCGAUGAACUGCUCUGAACAUCCCGACGGAUGUAAAAUAUGAUGGAGGUGCUAUGUAUAUUGUGAUGGAAGGGAACGGAUUGUCGCUCGGAUCGUUCGGAUGCGGCAAAUUAUUUUGUGUUGUUGUUUGUGUAAAUUACUAUUAUUAUUAUUAUUAAUUGUAUUUGUUGUAUUUAUGAGUUGUAUAUGUGAGUGAUAAACUCGAGUAAUAUUGAGAGUUAUAAAUACUAUUUGUAUAGAACUAAGGCACAAGCGCGGCCCCGCCCGCCGCUCGCCGAGCUGUAAAAUUGCAAAUUGAAAAAAUAUUAUAAAAUAAACAGUAAGUGAAUAAAAAGUUGGACAAUA